GGACCGGAGAUUGCUUCUGCUUGGACACACCGCGAGUCGUACGAUGAGAAGAAAGAGAUAAUAGUAAAUCCAACUAGUACUCAUUGUGCCAAAGAAAUCACUCCUUCGUCUCUCUCUCCACGGAAAGAGGAGAGAGAAAGCUUGAGUUGAUCAUCAAUGGCGGUCAGGCUAACGACCUGGUUCGUAACUCAGGGGCUCACCAUUAGCGGCUCCAACUCCGCCUCCAGGCACUGCUCAAAUUCGAGCUCCCGCUUUUCAUUUCACUGCUCUCCCGCUUCUUCCUACAAGCUCCGGCACCGCAAUCUCAGUUGCUAUUGCGUGAAUAAGAGGCAGAGACUGAGGAAGAAAGACUCGGUCGAACAGCCUUCGAAGACUGCAGAUUUCCAGCUCAAUGGCGACGACGACUCCGAAUCUGAAAAUGCUUCUUCGGCGGGCGUCGUCGUCCCCAUUGAAAGCGUAUCUGAUGACGAAGCUCGCACUGCCAAUGGAGACGAUUCGAUUUCGACGGCUCUGACUCCGUCUGAUCAAGCAGAUCCUUCGGCGUAUAGUACACAGGAUUUGGUUGGCAUGAUUAGAAAUGCAGAGAAAAAUAUCCAUAUUCUCAACCAAGCGCGGGUUAAUGCGCUUGAAGACCUUGACAGGAUUCUUGGUGAGAAGGAGGCAUUGCAAGGAGAGAUGAAUGCUUUGGAAAUGAGAUUGGCAGAGACCGAUGCACGGAUUAGAGUAGCUGCCCAGGAAAAAAUAAAGGUGGAACUUCUAGAAAACCAAUUAGAUAAUAUGCGGAGUGAUCUGAAUCUUAAUACUGGUGGUGGUGUCGAAAGAGGUCAGGUGGAGAUUUUUGAGAAUGAAGACGAGCUGUUUAAUGAAGAAGCUCCUGUACCAUACAGAACUAGCAUCAAUGCUCUUGUUACCAAUCUGAAUGCAUUGAGAUUAGAAAAUCAAUCCCUCAGGAAUGAUGUAGAAGCACUUAGGGAGGAGCUUAGCUGUGUGAAGAAUACGGAUGAACGAGUGGUAAUGCUGGAAAAACAACGGUCGACUUUAGAGUCUGCCUUGAAAGAGUUGGAAUUGAAAUUGUCAGUUUCUCAGGAAGAUGUUUCCAAACUAUCCAAUCUUAAAGUCGAAUGCAAAGGAUUAUGGGAGAAGGUGGAGAGUUUGCAGCUACUGCUAGACAAGUCAACCAAACAGGCAGAUCAAGCUAUUACCGUGUUACAGCAGAACCAGGAGAUUCGAAAGAAAGUUGAUAAAUUAGAAGAAUCUCUUGAAACAGCUACUAUCUAUAAAGAGUCAUCAGAAAAGAUGCAACAAUAUAAUGAGCUAAUGCAGCAGAAGAUAAAACUUAUGGAGGACCGGCUUCAAAGAUCUGAUGAAGAGAUACAUUCCUAUGUUCAAUUAUAUCAAGAAUCUGUGGAGGAAUUUCAAGAUACACUAAAUACUCUAAAAGAAGAAAGCAAGAGAAGGGCAGUUGAUGAACCUGUGGAUGAUAUGCCGUGGGAAUUUUGGAGUCGUUUAUUGCUUAUGAUCGAUGGUUGGUUGUUUGAGAAAAAAAUAUCAAUGGAUGAUGCCAAGGUGUUGAGAGAAAUGGUCUGGAAGAGAGAUCGACGAAUUCGUGACUCAUACAUGGCAUGCAAGGAAAAGAACGUGAAUGACGCUGUGUUUACAUUUCUCAAACUGACAUCAUCACAAACAAGUCCAGGAUUGCAUGUCGUUCAUAUUGCAGCAGAGAUGGCACCAGUUGCUAAGGUUGGUGGUUUGGGGGAUGUUGUGGCUGGUCUUGGUAAAGCACUGCAGAAGAAGGGACACCUUGUGGAAAUUAUACUUCCCAAAUAUGACUGCAUGCAGUACGAUCAUGUUCCUGACCUAAUGGCCGUAGAUGUGGUGCUGGAGUCAUACUUUGAUGGUCGACUAUUCAAAAAUAAAGUCUGGGUUGGCACUGUAGAAGGUCUUCCAGUUUAUUUUAUUGAGCCUCUUCAUCCUGACAAGUUCUUCUGGAGAGGACAAUUUUAUGGGGAACGUGAUGAUUUCAAGCGAUUUUCCUUUUUCAGUCGUGCAGCCCUUGAGUUGCUUCUUCAAUCUGGCAAGAAACCAGACAUAAUUCAUUGCCAUGAUUGGCAGACAGCUUUUGUUGCACCACUUUACUGGGAUCUAUAUGCUCCAAAGGGAUUGAACUCAGGUAGAAUAUGUUUUACAUGCCACAACUUUGAAUACCAAGGGACUGCGCGUGCUUCAGAAUUGGCAUCUUGUGGUCUUGAUGUCCACCAGCUAAAUCGACCAGAUAGAAUGCAGGACAACUCAGCACACGAUAGGAUCAAUGCUGUUAAGGGUGCAGUUGUAUUCUCUAAUAUUGUGACAACAGUAUCACCCACCUAUGCGCAAGAGGUGCGGACUGCUGAGGGAGGACAUGGUCUCCAUUCAACACUAAACUUCCAUUCUAAGAAGUUCGUUGGAAUUCUAAAUGGUAUUGACGCAGAUGCAUGGAAUCCUGCCACUGAUGCAUAUCUCAAAGUACAGUACAGUGCUAAUGAUCGUCAGGGGAAAGCAGAAAAUAAGGAAGCAUUAAGAAGAAAUCUGGGGCUUUCUUCGGCAGAUGUCAAGAGGCCAUUGGUGGGCUGCAUAACAAGAUUGGUGCCACAGAAAGGUGUGCAUCUUAUCAGACAUGCGAUAUAUCGAACAUUGGAGCUCGGAGGACAGUUUGUUCUUUUGGGUUCUAGCCCAGUGCAUCAUAUUCAGAGGGAAUUUGAGGGUAUUGCAAGUCAUUUUGCGAAUCAUGAUCAUAUUCGGUUGAUUUUGAAGUAUGAUGAUUCUCUUUCCCAUACCAUUUACGCUGCUUCUGAUAUGUUCAUCAUCCCGUCUAUCUUUGAGCCUUGUGGACUUACACAGAUGAUAGCCAUGAGAUACGGUUCUAUACCCAUUGCAAGAAAAACUGGUGGUCUAAAUGAUAGUGUCUUUGACGUUGAUGAUGACACCGUACCUCUUCAGUUUCGGAAUGGAUAUUCAUUCUUGACUCCUGACGAACAGGGAUUAAACGGCGCUAUGGAACGUGCAUUCAACCUCUACAUGAAUAACCCUGAUAGUUGGCAGCAGCUUGUUCAGAAGGUCAUGAAUAUAGAUUUCAGUUGGGAUACUUCUGCAUCACAAUACGAAGAACUCUACUCCAAGUCUCUGGCCAGAGCAAGGGCAGCCGCUCGCACUUGAGCUUUGCGAUACCUCGCUAAACCAGACAUGUCGACGCUUUAUUUAGCAAAACAAAUGUGACUUCGUCUCUGACAAGUUGGAGCUCAGACUGAUAAGCUCAAUAUAUGGAUGCAUGUUGUGAAUGCAAGUAAUCUGACCAGCGAGCACAACAGAAGCUUGAGAUCGAAUAUGUUCAAGUUCUGCAAGGGUUAUGCUUCAAUGCUGGAAGCGACAGAGUCGCUGCGCCUUCAAUUCGUCCAAAUGUUCAUUUUUUUACAUUCGAUCGCCAUUUAUUUGUUCAUAAAACCAGCUGUAGUUGUUGUGUGCUAAUGACUAGGUUCUUACUAUAAUUACAAAACCCAUCUGUAUACGCCGCUUAGUGGGAUAAAGCUUUGUUGUUGCCGUCGUUGGUUGUAUACCUUUUAGGUCAUUUUCUAUACGCAAAAUAUAGAAGAGAGAUGAAACAAAUAAAUGUUCAAAAUCAUCUCAAUUUUGAGCAAUACUAAUUGUCGUUUGAAUGCUUCAA